UUUCGACUUUAGCUGCAAAGGACAACCUCUGCGAACUGACGGAGCGUCGCCGGAAUCUCUGAAUUCCGACGACCAAACUACCGACUCCUUUCCCCCUUUUCGCCCUCUUCACCUGCUUCCGACCGGAGGCCCGAUGCCUGAGAACCCCACGCAUCCCUGAAACUUGAGCUUCCCUCAGUCGCUGCCGCUCGAGAAAAGGACCGAAUCGUAACGCCGGAAGGGAGGAGGAGGAGGAGGAGCUGGGAAGGGUCCUGACAGGGCAGGGCAUGAUGGGUUUUUGCAUAUGCCCGUUGGAGACUCCGGCGAGGUUGCUGUGGAGCACCAGCUUCUUCCGCCACAAGCUCAUGCUCUUCUAAUACUCAAUCAAUCAAUCAACCAAUCAACCAUAUCUUCUGAACCUGAAUCGGUCCUCACAAGUACAUAUAUAUAUAUACACACUUAUAUAUAUAUAUAUAUAUAUAUAUGCUGUACUGAAUAAAAGCAUCCGUCAUCGCCCCCAACAAGAUCUUGCAACUCUUUCUUGGGCCUAGAGACAGAAAUUGCAGGGCAGAGCUUGAGGCCCCGGAAAAUGGAGUCGGGUCGGUUUGUGUUCGACCCAUCUCUUUGCAGCGGCAACAUGUUGUUCCUUGAGAGCGGCAACAAUCCCAUCUUCCGAGGGGCAAGAUCGGUGAUGAGCGUGGAGGAAUCGUCGAAGAGACGGCCCUUUUUCAGCUCGCCGGAGGACCUGUACGAUGAGGAAUAUUACGACGAGCAGUCGCCGGAGAAGAAACGCCGACUUACUGCAGAGCAGGUCUUUCUGCUGGAGAAGAGCUUUGAGGAGGAGAACAAGCUGGAACCUGAGCGGAAGACCCAGCUGGCGAAGAAGCUGGGACUGCAGCCGAGGCAGGUGGCUGUGUGGUUCCAGAACCGCCGAGCUCGAUGGAAGACCAAGCAGCUCGAGAGGGACUAUGACCUCCUUAAGUCCACUUACGACGCCUUACUCUUGAGCUAUGAUGCCAUUGCCAAGGACAAUGAGCAGCUCAAAUCAGAGGUUAUUUCCCUGACUGAGAAACUCCAGGCCAAAGAGGCCACUGGAGGAGCUCCAACAGCAGCUCAGGGCCAUGAUCCUACUCCAUCGGCAUCGACCCUCCAGCUCGGCAGCGUGAAGGUGGAGGACCGUCUAAGCUCGGGGAGCGGUGGCAGUGCAGUGGUGGACGAGGACGGCCGGCAGCUCCUGGAUAGCGGGGACUCCUACUUUGACUACCCGGGAUGCAUAGGCCCUGUAGAUGGGGUACAGUCAGAGGAGGAUGAUCGGAGCGAGGAUGGGCAGAGCUACUUCCCCGGUGACGUCUUUGCCGCCGCCGCCGCCGCCGCCGCCGAGCACGAGGAGGGAGAGCCGAUGGGCUGGUGGGUGUGGUCCUAAUAAACAAUGCCUCAAAAACUUCACAAGAACUUCAAAUACGCUGUUAGCUUUCUCCCUUGAAAUGGUCGGGUGAAUUCAAUGUUGUACUUGUAAUAUGUUAUCGUCUCACGCGUUAAUUGUCUGUCGUUAGGAUGUCGAAAUGGAGAGUGAAUACAAGCAUGGAAGUUAUCAUAAGAUUAGAAGCUCUGUGCAAUAACUUAAGGAAUAAGAUCUGCUGCUUAAGUGAAUAAGACCGGACCUCUCCUGGUCAUAUGUAGUUACUGUUCUGUACUUUUCCAAGUGAGUGCUCCUGUGAAGCAAUAGACGUCGGGCUUUUUUUCAUGCUCUUGUUUGUUUAAAUUACUAAGGUCGGUUUUGCGGUUAUGAAAA